AUGCCAUCGUCCACGGAAGAACGUCUGUCAGCACAACUAGAUGAAGACAUCACCAACGGCGAUUUUCACAGCGUCAAAGACUUCUACGAGUCAGCAGACCCAGAAAAGCAAUCCAGCCUACUCACAGGCAUAGCCGAGCGUGCUGCAGCAAAGGCACGGGUUGACAUACUCCAUUGUAUCUGCGCCCAAUUUGGGUACUACAGCUUGGGGCUGAUGUAG